CUCCGGAGUCGGGUAUGUAUUCGGGUGACCACUCUGGCCAGAUAUAAACAGACGCAACCAACUGCUAGGUUCUGUCUGAUAAUUACUUGCUAUAUAAGUAACAAAUCUCUACUUCUCUUACAAAAACCCAACAAGUGUCACCUGACUCCACGUCGAGCCCGAUAGUGUUCAACUUCCAGCCCACGCCGUCGGAGCAGAUCUCCAACACCAGCUGCCCAACAUGCGCGCCCAGGUCCUCGAAGCUUUCAACACCCCAUACGUUCUUAAGGAUGUACCCAAACCCGCCGCACCGACCGGCCAUGACAUCUUGGUCCAGGUCCAAGCGGCCUCCUACUGCCACACCGACGCCGUUUUCGCCUCGGGGGCCAUGUGGCAGGAUCUUCCUCGCGUCGGGUCUCAUGAAUUCGCCGGCAUUAUCGUCAGCAUGGGACCCAACGUCUCGAAGGAUCUAGGCCUUGCAGUGGGCAGAGCUGUCGGAGUCCCUGGCCGCGCAUUCCACUCGUGUGGGACGUGCUACGAGUGCCGCAACAACGAUGGCGACCCGGAGUCGUAUGGCGUGUACUGCGUCAAGGCCGGGAAUCUCGGCCUCUCCCGCGACGGUGGCUUCCAGGAGUUCUGCAUCGUCGACUCGCGACAGGUCGCGCCCAUCCCCGCCGGCAUGACGGCCGUUGAUACGGCUCCUCUGAUGUGUGCAGGCCUGACCAUCUGGAAUGCCCUCGGCACCGGCCGGGUUGGCCUGCGCAAGGGCGGUGGCGAUGGCCUCACUGUGGCCAUAUCGGGCGCGGGGGGUGGCCUCGGCCACCUCGGGGUGCAGUUCGCCGCCAGGCUCGGCUGCAAUGUCGUCGCGAUAGAUGCUGGUGACGCGGCGCUGAAGCUUCUCCACGAGGUGGUCCAAGGCCUUGGUUCGCUAUCUUCCAAGGUCACCAUUGUCGACGCCAGAACCCAGAAAGCCGAGGACGUCCGAAGAGCCGUGUCUGGCCAGCCUGAGCCGGGACUGGAGGGCGAGAAAGGGGUGGACGCGCUUCUCGUCCUGCCCGAGGCUCAACAGGCGUUGGAGUACGGCAUGAAGUUAAUCAAGGAUCACGGAAUUUGUGUUCUGGUCAGCUUCCCCAAGGAGGGAUUCCUGAUCCAGCCCCGCGAUUUGGUCUUUCGGCACAUUCAGAUGACAGGCGUACUAGUAGGCAGGAACCACCAGCUGCGCGCCAUGCUGAACUUUGCCGCUCAAGAGGGGGUACGGGCGAGAACCAGGACAUACUCGCUCGAGCAACUUAACCAGUUAGUAGAUGAUUAUCAUGACGGAGCAAGUGGAAAGCUGGUCGUGGAUAUGACCCAGUGA